UCCUAACCCCAACGUUUAAAAAAUACAAAACCCAUCUCAGCACGAGACCCAUGUUAGGCCUCCCCUCUCAUAGCUCCGCUCCCUAUUUCUAAUUCUCCUCAAUUCUUCUCCAACGGCUGCCUCCCUCUCUUUCUCCUUUCUUCUUCUUCUUCAACCUUCUUCCAUCCCAAACCCUUAAACAUGGUUUCUUCAACAGAUUCUCCAGUUAUAGAAUAUGCACCUUCAACCCCAUUACUGUCAGCAACCAGAUGUAGCAGUAGCAGUUGCAGCACCAGUGAAUCUGAUGAAAGCCCUGCAACCUCACAUAGAUUCAAAUUUCCAGAUGUUAUAUAUCGAUUUCAGGACAAACCCAGUUGUGGUUCCUAUCGAUCUUUGGCAAUUCUAUCUGGGCAUAUUGGAUCUGUCUCUUGCUUGGCUCUGUGUGGUGAAUUCAUUCUAAGUGCUUCACAGGGUAAGGACAUUAUAGUCUGGCAACAACCUGAUUUGAAGCAAUUUGCUAAGUUUGGACAGGGUGACGGCUCUGUUAAAGCCCUUGUAACUGUGGGAAACAAAGUGUUCACAGCACAUCAAGAUAGUAGGAUAAGGGUCUGGAAGGUGUCAAGAAGGUCGGAGAACAUAUUAAGGCUUGUUGCUACACUACCCACAACUAAGGAUUACUUGGGGAAGUUCUUGAAACAGAGCAAUUAUGUUCAAACUCGGCGGAACCACAAGCGUUUAUGGAUUGAACAUGCUGAUAGUAUUUCUUGCUUGGCGGUCUGCGAUGGUAUGAUCUAUUCAGGGUCAUGGGACAAGACCCUGAAAGUAUGGAGAGUCUCUGAUCUGAAGUGCUUGGAAUCGAUAAGGGCUCAUGACGAUGCCAUAAAUGGGUUGGUUGCACACAAGAGGUUGGUGUACUCUGCUUCUGCUGAUGGGAAGAUCAAGGUAUGGGGAAAGGACGGAAAGAGUUCUCACUCCUUAAAGGGUAUCUUGGAGGGUCACAAGGAUGUUUCCAUGAAUUCGGUGAUCUUAUGUGAUGAUGGGAGGUUGGUAUAUGGAGCUGGGUCAGAAGGGUGUGUGAUGGGUUGGAAGAGAGACAUGGAUCUCAGUAGUUGGAAGUUGGUCUGUGAACACAAAGCACAUCAAAUGGCUGUAUUGUGUUUAUGUUCAGUGGGGGAUUAUAUAUGCAGCGGUUCAGCUGACAAGACAAUUGGGAUAUGGAAGAGAGAGGUUGGGGGAGGGAUUUACAGUGUUGGGGUGAUAAAGGGGCAUGAAGGACCAGUUAAGUGUUUACAGGCCUCAUCUCAUAGUGUAGGAGGUGGCUUCUUGCUCUAUAGUGGAGGUCUUGACAGAAGCUUGAGGGUUUGGUGGGUUCCCAAGGAAGAGUCUGCAAAGAAAGAGGGAAGCUCUCCAAUACAACAAAUCAUAGAGGAAAAAUCUAGCCUUGUGCUAAGUUGAUUCUCCUGAAGUUAAGAGACAGAUGAAGCAUUGUUGUUUAUUUGGUCCCUGCAAUGCUCCAGAAGAGAUUGGUUUUCUGUAUCCAUUUUAAAUAUGCAGAAACAAGCCCUAGCAUCCCUAAAGUUGCUUUUUUGGUGGUGGGUUUCUUCAUCUUAUCAGUCUUCAGGGCUUGGUUUGAUAUACAGAGAUUUUGAGUGUAAGGAAUUGAAGCAAAGAUUUGUUAUACUGAUAUAAGUGUAUAAUAAGUGUGUAUUCUUUUUUUUUUGUCAGAUUUGUAUCUUUUGAUUUGGUGGAAAAUGUAAUCAGGGUUUUCAGAGAUUCCAUUGAAGGGAAAAUAAAUAAUAAUAUUUUUUGCUUUUUCUAUUUGUAUGAUUUCAUUCUCCUUCUAUGAAUAAAAUCCUUUGAUAUUUCAUUUAUCUUCUUGGGA